AUGGAGGAUUAUGAGACAGUGGCGCUCAUUGAAGAGUGCAGUGCAAUAUUGCAGAGGAAGUUGCCCCAAAAAAGACUUGGUUUGGGUGAGGCAAAACCAACAACAGUCACUCUACAAUUAACAAAUCGAUCCGUGAAGCAUCCACGAGGUGUCAUUGAAGAUGUUCUUGUAAGGGUGGAUAAGUUUAUUUUUCCUAUUGACUUUAUUGUUCUUGACAUGGAGGAGGAUAUGGAUGUCCCUAUUAUUCUUGGUAGACCAUUUCUAGCUACAGGCCAAGCUCUCAUUGAUGUUCAUAAGGGAGAGCUUAAACUCAGAGUUCAAGGAGAUGUGGUGGUAUUUAAUGUCUUCAAGGCCAUGAAGUAUCCGGUGGCUAGUGAUAGUUGCUAUAGUGUGGAUGCGAUAGAGAAGGCAGUCUCAAAAAGCAGGGUGAGUAGUGAUACUUUAGAGGCAAUGUUAACAAGUGAUGAGGUAGAUCAUGAUGAUGAUGAGAUGCGAGAAUAUGUAAAUUGGAUCAAUUCUUACCAACCAUACAGGAAGAAGUUUGAAGAGUUAGCAGAGGGGACUGAAAACCAUUAA